AUGGAUGAUUUUUCAAGUUAUGAUGUUAUAGAUAGACCAGAUUAUUAUGAAGUUUUCGUCACAUUCGAAGAAGGUGAAGAGAUGAAAGUAUAUACCAUGAAAGAAGCUGUCGAAAAGAAACAAGCUGGCCCUGCUACGAAUGCAAAGAAGAACACAGCUUCUAUAUCUACAGCUACUGCUACUGGUCGAUCAAAAAAUGUAUCUUCUUCCACUCCUACAUCCAAGACACAAGCUAUCGGAAGUGUCAACAAACCACGUCAAACAGCUAAGAAACAGACCAAAGCGCAGAGGGAUAUUUGGGAGAUGCCUUUAUCCUCCUCUCACUCCGACGAUAAUGUCGAGCCAACUAUCGUCGGAAGCACCAUGUAUCUCGUUAUGAGAGAGGAAGAUCAAACGUAUCACGAACAUACCAUCGUCGUGAAAGGUCUUUGUGUCAGUUUCGAGAAUGCUAGAAAGAUGGCUUUAAAUAUACUCGGUGGAGAAGAUUUGAUGGAUGAGAACGAAACUUAUUGGCAGCAGUAUACCGUCAUUGACAGACAGCAGAAAUACGAGGUCACGGCUGUUGAUCAGGAAGGAUGGAAGAGGAAGAUAUGGGUACAGGAGAGGAUAGUGGACGGGUAG